UAUAAUCUAGUGGACGGAACGCUUCUUUCAACUGCAGCAACAGUUAGUCAGCCACCUCCGUAGCUUGCUAGACAAAAUAGACGAACCAAUAAAGCUCGUUAGACGCUUUAUUGUAUAUAAGCCACUGUGUUUAAAACCCACUUCUGUCGUCUAGUUAGUUAUCCGAUUUAAUUUCAUAUUUACGGUGUUGUAGUUCUUGUUCAGCUAGCGGGCUGGUUAAGUUAGCAUUAGCCUAGCUAACAUCCCCGACCAUGAGCUCACUAAGCUACUCUCCUCCUGAAGAGGAUCAGGUCUGCUUGACGGAGAAAGAGGGUCUGUGGCUAAACGUUAUCGUGAAAGAGGAAGAGGAGGAUGUCACAAUACAAAAACAAGUAGAGGGUGAGGGUGUUACAGUGAAAGAAGAAGAGAAAGACGUUUCAGUGAAAGAAGAGGAAGAUGCGUUCAGAGUGAAAGAGGAGGAGGAUGUUACUGUAAAAGAAGAGAAAGAGGAGGAUGCAGUUUUUGGAGUGAAAGAGGAGGAGGGGGAGAUGACUGUCACAUUGGAAGAAGAGGGGGAUGAAGAGGAGGAAACUGAAUAUCUGGGCUCGGUAUCCCAAAGGCAUGUUAAGGCAUCCAAUAGUUCUAACGAUGGACGGUUCCUGAUUAACACCAGAGAGAGACGUGACUAUCGUGGAUCCUCUGGGGAGCCUCAACAACAUCAUGAUGCUGACGAGGCAGAGAAGAGUCUCUCCAGAUCAGAACACCUCAAGAAACACCUGCAGAGAUCCACAGGGAAGAAAUCUCACUGUUGCUCUGACUGUGGGAAGAGAUUCAACUCUUCAGUAAAACUUAAAAUACAUCAAAGAAUUCACACUGGAGUGAAACCAUAUAGCUGUAGUCAUUGUGGGAAGAGUUUUUCUACAUCUCGCUAUCUAACUAUACACCAGAGAACACACACAGGAGAGAAACCUUUUGGCUGUGAUCACUGUGGGAAGAGUUUUAUUCGGCAACAAACCCUGAAAUCACACCAGAGAAUACACACUGGAGAGAAACCUUACAGCUGUAAUCAAUGUGGGAAGAGUUUUUCUACAUCUAGCUAUGUAACUAUACACCAGAGAACACACACAGGAGAGAAACCAUAUAGCUGUAAUCAAUGUGAGAAGAGUUUUACUUGGCCAGACAGCCUGAUAGUACACCAGAGAACACAUACAGGAGAGAAAUCUUGUAGCUGUGAUCAAUGUGGGAAGAGUUUUACUACAUCUAGCCUGCUGACUUUGCACCAGAGGACACACACAGGAGAGAAAUCUUGUAGCUGUGAUCAAUGUGGGAAGAGUUUUACUCGGCCAUACAACCUGAUAGUACACCAGAGAACACACACAGGAGAGAAACCUUGUAGCUGUGAUCAAUGUGGGAAGAGUUUUACUACAUCUAGCCAGCUGACUUUGCACCAGAGAACACACACAGGAGAAAAACCUUUUAGGUGUGAUCAAUGUGGGAAGAGUUUUACUAGAUCUAGCUAUCUAACUAUACACCAGAGAACACACACAGGAGAGAAUCCUUGCUGUAAUCAAUGUGGGAAGAGAUACUCUGAUAAAAGAUCUCUGACUAAACAUCAGAAAAUACAUGAAGGAGUUGUUUCAUGAUAUCAAUGAAAUGUCACAAUGUAGAAUGUUUUAACAUUGUAGUAGCAGUAUUCUAAUGAUGUCAGAAUAUAGAAUGUUUUAACAUUGUAGUAACAGUAUUCUAAUGAUGUCACAUUGUAGUAGCAGUAUUUUAAUGUCACAUUGUAGAAUGUUUUAACAUUGUAGUAGCAGUAUUUUAAUGAUGUCACAAUGUAGAAUGUUUUAACAUUGUAGUAGCAGUAUUCUAAUGAUGUCACAAUAUAGAAUGUUUUAACAUUGUGGGAGCAGUAUUUUAAUGAAUGUCAGAAUGUUGAAGCCUAAAUGUUUGCCCCUUGUUCAAUUGAUAUGAGUUACUAAGGAUAUUGCAGGAGUUUAUUCUUGAAAUCAGAUAUGUCCUUGUGAGGACAACUUGGUUGCUGAUUGUAUCAAGGGUGGGCAGUCAAAAAGAUUCGUGUUUUGCGGUUAGCCAGUGCGUUACCAUGGCUACCACACUUUAUUUUGACUGUUUUUCCGUAUUGGAGAUGAGUUUUGUUUGGGCUCGUCCCAGUGUUCUAGAAGCGAGUGAGUUUUAGGAUUCUAUAGUAAGAAAAAGGAUUUAAAAAAUAAUACUAUUGUAUAUUAUUAUUUAGAAAUGUGUUUUUUCUUGUUUUUAAUCUUUGACAGCCAGUAGACACCAUGUUUAUAUUGUAGAAGGUGAAGCAUUGUAGUAGAUUAUAAUGUGAAAUGGAAGUUGUUUUCUGUUGGUGGUGCGCAAACUUUUCCAAUAAAAAUAUAGGAUAUAUUUGUUGUAUUUUGUUUUGAGGUUGGACUUUAGCACGUAGAGCUCGUUGGCACGUAUAGCUUGUUAGCACGUAGGAUGCACUCGUUAGUCAGUAUGUGUUACACCUGUGCUGGCUUGUCCAUCUCGUUAGUGGGUAGGUGUUUCACCUGAGCUGGUCCAGGUUCUAUUUAAGAGCGUCUGGCCCAGUGCUCCAGUUAUCUUGAUAGAUGUGAAGAGUCUCCACCUUUUUGGUUUGCUUCCUGUCUUUUAGUUUGGUGUGGGUUUUUAUUUUGUUUGCCUCUUCUUGGGCAGAUUUAGUGGGUCUCAUGGUGGAUGUCUUUUAGGUCCCAGUUGUUGUUACUAGUCAACUUUCAACCCCUCGUAAAACCCCACCUGUUUAUUUGUGGUUGUUGUCAGUGACUCUUUAGUCUUUCAGUUAUUAUUCUGUUUUUUUAUACUGUUUGCUGUGGUAAAUAUUUCUGUUUAAAAAAAUUAAAAAUCCAGUGAAGCCA